GCUGCAGAAAAAAGGAAAAAGAAAAGGGACGCCAUCUUGUGAGUCCGGGCCGGUGAAAAUUUUUGGAAAAAGUGUUUGUUCGUUGUUAAGUGGCGCGUUUCGGGGUUCGGGGACACGCAAAACAGUGAAUUACAUGCGGGGAAACUGAUUUUCCCUGAGAAAACGUGGCAAACAGGGUGACAAAUUAAAAAGCGAAAAAUCGAAACCGAGAGCGGCGUGAUUUAGAAGGAGUUAAGGAAAGCAUACACCCAAAUAAUUCACAAAUGAUGGAGAUGUCAGGCCCUCCGAGGGGAGCCUAUCGCGGGCGGGGUGGGCCUCCACGAGGCGGCUACAGCGACCGCGGCAACUCACCUUUUUCCUUCAGAGGACGUUCGCGCGGUGGCGGUCCACCGGGGAUGGGUGGUCCGCGCGGUAUGGGCAUGGGCGGUGGAGGACCACCGAUGAUGCGUGGUGGGGGUGGUGGCCGUGGGGGUAUGAUGCGAGGCGGUGGUCCCGGUAUGGGGCGGGGGAUGGGUGGACCGAUGCGCGGCGGAGGAGGACCUCCGAUGUCCCGUGUUAAUCCGUACGGUGGCCGACCCAUGGGUGGUGGAGGGGGUGGUGGCCGUUCUGGCGGAUACGGAGGAGGACCGCCGGCCUCGAUUGCGAAUGGUUCCGGCAGUGGUGGUCCUCCGGCUGCGAUUGCAGCGGCCGAGAAUGGCGGUGGUGACGCCGGAGGUGUUAAGGGAGGACCGGAGGCGAACGCUGCGGCAAAACCCGUCUCCACCACCGGCGGACCCGCCGGAGGACAGAAUAAUGCGAACGGUGGUGCUGGAGGUGCUUCGAAUGCCACAGCCGGAGGAGGCUCGGGCCAAUCCGGUGCGGCCGGAGCGAGCGCAGCCGAAUCGGAACACAUGUCACCGAAACAAACAAUCAAGACGGCCGAUUCGAGUAGCCUAGCAACGGUUGCCCCGCAAGAGUCGUCCAUUCAAUCGACACACUCUUCGUCCGCUCCGUACUAUUCGUCUCGCGGUAUGGGACGGGGACGUGGUGGAGGUGGGUUCAUGUCGCGUGGUAUGGGUCGCGGCCGCGGAGGCUAUGGAGGCGGCGGGGGUGGCGGUGGUAGUGGUGCCGGUGGAAAUGGAGGCUGCGGUGGGGGAGACUAUGGAGGCCCGAGACCGUUCCGUGGCGGAAUGGGUGGUCGUGGACGGGGUGGCAGUGGCUACGGUGGAGGCGGUGGCGGUGGUGGUGGUGGCUAUGGGGGAAAUUAUGGUGGUCCAAAUGGCGGCGGUGCUGGAGGAUAUGGUGGCGGAGGGGGAAUGGGAGCAGGAGGUGGAGGAAUGGGUUGUGGUAGCGGUGGAAUGGGUGGUAAUGGAGGAGGAAUGGGUGGUGGAGGGGGUUAUGGUGGAGCACCACCCGCAUCCUACAACCCCAUGGGUGGUUACGGACAAAACAAUGGUGGCGGUGGCCCCGUUGGCGGUAGUGGUGGAAACUACGGUCAAGGACCUCCCCCACCCCGACAGUUCGAUAAUCGCCAGGGUGGAAACCCAUCCGCUGUACCGCCCAUUAAACGUGGCGGAAUGCCUGGGGCCGGUGGACCACCGGGAUCGAAGCGUGGCCGCUAUGACGCUGGACCACCAAGCCGUGGCGCUUUGCCCCCGAAAGCGAUGCCACCGCAUCAUGGAUCGGCCGCACCGCCGGUACCCGCUUACAGUGCUCCUCCGCAGCCGAUGGCCAACCACGGGGGCUACAGCGAUCCGAAUGCGCAUGCGCCACCACCACAAAUGGAGCAUCAAUAUCAGCAUCCGGCACCGGCUGCCAAUACGAGCGGUUACGGCAGUGCUCCGGCCCCUCAGUCAGGCUAUGCCACCAAUGGCUACGGUCAGGGUUCGUACGGUACGACGACAAUGGCCAGCACGGGUUACGCGACCACCGGCAACGAGUACGACACAAGCCACUACGAUUACAGCAACUCCACGGCUUACGAUACACGCUACCAGUCGGGAUAUACGCAGGAUUAUAGCCAGGCAUACGGCACGACUGCCGAUUACAGUGCGGUAUCGACCGACACGUACGCUACUCAGCAGUACGAUGAUCGCUCGACCGCCUACAGUGGUUACGACACGCAAGCGUAUUCGCAGGGCUACGCAAAAACUGACCAAUACGCUCACAGCGCUUACUAUUAAACGUCUUGCCGGCAAAAGGCAAAGGGGCCGAAUGGGUCCAAAUCCAAAGUAAUCACAAUAAUAGUACACAGUGAUCAAGGCGGAGGAAGAGGAAAAAGAGGAGAGCGCACGGUAGAAGAUGGAACGGUGAAUAAGAGCCAACGAGAGUCAGCAUAAUGUAGAAGCACCAGUGGGUCUAUAUCUUAUAUCUUAUGCUGCUGGGUAAAACAACAAAACUAAGGCAAACCGUGGCAUUGCACAGGCGCUAUCACCACCUCUCUUCUCCAAUCUACCGGUAAACAAAAAGGCUCUCCCAACGGAUCUACACAAAAUCCGAGACAAAAUGGAAUCCUGAUCCCUCCAACGAUGGAUCAAAAAUCGCGAGAAACCGGAGUAGAAAGAGAGAUCAGUUUGGUCGACAAAUGAAAUAUUAAGAUGAUGACGAUUGGUGACCGAUCGAGAUCGGUUCAUUUUACAGAAUCUAACACGCGAGCGUAAAAACUUUGGUACGGAAUUCAGAAACGAACAUUGCGCAUAUUAAACACUCUUCUCCAACCAUCUUCAAGAGAUUCAACGGCGUUUAAUCAUAAGAAAAGGGCGCAUGCGAGCGUUCAAAAGAGUAGACACCACACACACUAUCAUAGGCAUGGUACACAACGGGGAAAACUAUUGAUUAAGUAGAUCCUCCUGUGCAUCAUUAGCACUACGGAAUGUCCGUAGAACAGUCAGUGGAAAGUUAGGAAGGUAUCCUUUGCAGUACGUGUCAGUACGGAAUGUUUUUCGUAGCGAUGAGUAGAUUAAGUUGUACGGAAGAAAGCCAUUUCACGCAGUCUAGUAAUUAGGAGUAGGAUUAAGUUACAAACAUUUAACUACACACAAACAGUGACAGUUCCAUACGGAAUGCGAUCGCAACUAGUAGUCGCCAUUACGUCUGCGCUACUCUAUUAAUUUUAAAUUUAUUUAUAGUUCCUUUAGUUGGAAUGCUUGAACACAGAGAAAAGCAUGUCUAUCAAGUUCAUUUCAUUAGCAAGCAACAACAGUAACCGAAAGAUAGUGGAUGCAAGUGUGUACAGUUUUAUCAAAUAAGAUGCAAAAUGGAUUACGAAAAUUUUACAAUAGGUAGCGAUAGUAGGAAAACCGAUUAUGAUUGACUACCGAGUGCGAUUUAAUUCGUUUGUUUUAUUAACUACCGGAAACUAUUAUCCGAUCAAUUCAGCCAGUCACAGUCAGUUCAGCCGGAAGUGGUCAGGUGCGCGUGUGUGUAUUUGUGUAGAAUUAAGAAACAUUAUUCAUGCAGAAACAUACAGGCACUAUAAAAGAUAGAAAAUGAAAUGGCACGUCUCACUGGCGGCAGCUAGGAAUGCAUGGCACACAAAACACAAUUCUAAUAUGUUCGAUGGCGAAAAUGGCUGUUGUAUGUGCAGAACAGCAGAAAUAAACUGCACUUGGAAGCGAAGAAAAAGUGGUAGGAAAAAUUAACUUCUUUUGCAGGAUAGUGGAAAAUUAAAGACAGAAGCGCAUCUCUCAAAUAGUCACAAGGAUACGAUCACCAUUGGUCAGAGGAUCACAGGAAAUGGCGGCACAGGCGUCUGUGCGUGUGUGCGUAUUGAAUGUGCUGUAUAGUAAAAACCUAGAAGAAACAUGAAGCAGUAAACUUAAAGAAGAUCUUUAACAAAAGUAAUCCCGAAUAAAUUUGGUAACAACCCAAAGACACGCUAAUUGAGAGAAGGUAAACCGAAGGAGAAGCGUUUCAUUACCUUACGGACCUUUGAAAAGACACACACGACACACGAAACAACAGAAAGGACUGAAUUCUUCUACCCUCUAAUUGAGAAGCUCUUGGCCUUGGUAUGACCUGGCCUGGCAUUACCUGUCGCAUGAUGCACAUUGGUGCAGGAUCUCGGUCUGCGUACCUUCUGAAUACGAUGUAUGGUAACGAGUUUGUUCCAAUAGAGUUCUUCCAAUGUAACCUACCACCCCUGACUAGACAACACUGUCUUCGUCGUCAUCGUACCUGAUGAGCGAGCUGCUAACCAGACAGAGAACGAAAAUGAGAAAAUAAAAUCCCUAAGCGAAGGGUAUUCUGCGGUCUUCUACAAUCUUCCAUACAUACAUAUACAUAAUAUCUAUAAAAAUUUAACUACUCUAGCAGGAACACAUCUUUCGUAGCAAUCCGAUUGGGUGAGCAUCUGACAAAAGUGAUCGAUCGCAACGAUCUCUACUACUAGCGGGAAGUUGGUCGAAAAACGAGGGAAAGCAAAUGAACAUAAGACGGACCCAAUAUGGAAAGCAAAACUCUACAACAAGCAAAAGCUUAAGAAAAAAUUGAAAGAACAAUCUAAGAGCAACGUCGCAUCGUCGGCACACAACCAUCUGAGUUGGAACGAAAAAUUCGAUCAGAUUACAGGGUUCUGAUCCUUGCGUUCAAGUGAAGCAAUCAAGUGAUGAUCCGCGUCUUAUGCAUAUUGAUUUUCGCAACAUUAAAAUAUACAUCAAAUGAAUACGACUUUUAGCAGUGGGAAGGGUUGGGCUCAAGAGAAAACUACUGCUUUUAUAUAUUUAUACUAUAUCGCUAGGGGUUUCUGCACCCUUUUUGGGUCGGGCUACGUCUACUCUAGCGUUUGGUUUGUGAUCAAGAAACCAAGAAUUCUAUGCUUCAACAAUUUCGAAUAGAAAGUAAGCUCGAUAUCGGGGAUUCUUAUAUUAAUGACGAAUGGAAACCGGAGAGACAAAAAAGGGGAUCAUUGGCGUGGGUUAUAGUGUUAAGCAAAGACGGUCGACUCAUCGAAAGGUAAUUAUGAAUCAAUGCAAUUACAUGUCUCUUCGUGUAUAAUGAUAACUUUGGAGGGAAGGGGCAGCAACAACCUAGACUGAUGCUAUUCUACGAUAAACGAAACUACAAUAAGGAAAGUUGCUGCUGCUGAGGGAUUCACCAUCCCGCGGGAUGGUGCUAAAGCAGCAUAACUACCUAGCAUGUAAAGCAUUGGGAUGCUGAAAUGGAUUCAAUUAUGAUAAAGAAUGAUGUAAGAUGGUAAGAGGUUGAAAACCAAUAUAAACCUUAAAUGGGAUUUGGGGAAGGGUGCGUAUUUUCUGCGUUCGGCGUCGGAGGUUGGCCACCUCUAGACGGUCGCGGUUUACAACGACCCAACAAGCGAAUACCGGAGAACAUUCCAUCGAAGUAAGAUUAGAGGCGAUCGCACGGAAAUAAACAUUCCUGCAGAAGCGAUAUCGAUCGGAUGGUGGGUGAUGAUAAUGCAACAGAGAGCACCGGCAGGUAACGAUCCUUGGUUGAUCUGUAUGGUAUUGAGUAUGAUAAGAUAUACAUAAAUGGUUUUUCGUUGACUAACGUAAGCCCACGGAAAUGGCAAAAAAUCCGAGUAUGCCACAGCAUUAACAAAGUUUGCUGUAUUUUGCAUUAAGUAUUAAGAUGAUGAAAGGGGAGGGUAACCAAAGCGGCGCUCCGCCGGGGAGGAUAGGAAUUGUUUUUGGGGAAUCCGAGGUGUGGUUCUUCUACGGACGUGAGCUUGGUAUGUUUUAUUUCAGCGUUCGACUAACCUAGCAUUAUCUAACAGCGGGUAAGCAUGACUAAAUUAGUUUCCAGCAUCCUGCAGCAGCAUCUUCCCUCAUCCGGCUCAACGUUUGUUGUUUCAAUAAAGUAAAUAAUGGCAAUAGAAU